UUAGAAAGCACGUGGGCCUCGUCUGAUCUCACAGCUCGUCCUCGUUCGGCCUCAGCUGCAUCAGAGAGACACUUCUCCUCAGGUUCCCCAGAGGAAACACCACUGCACAAAAUGCUUUUCCUCCCAGCUGCUGCUCUGUGCUGUCUGUGUUCAGCGCUGGUUGCCAUGGCAGCAGAGCUGAAUCAGGAGCAAUUAUCACUGACCAGGAGAGUUGGUCAACCAGUCUCCUUCAGCUGUGGAGGAACUCACCAGUGUGAUGGUAGUUACAUAUACUGGUACCAGAAGAAAGACACAAAAACAUUCACAGUGAUUCUCCGUUUUUAUAAGAGUCGUUGCAGCAUAGAAAGACGGUACGAUCAUCCUCAGAAAGAUGAUUUCACAGCUGAGAACAAACCAAACGGCUGUAACUUGAAGAUAGACACAGUUAAACUCAUUCAUUCAGCCACCUACUACUGUUCCUGUUGGAAGUCUGGUUCCGGAGACAUGAUCUUUGGCUCAGGAACUAAACUGUAUGUAACAGGUGAGCAGGUAGUGAAGCCCGUGGUGAGCGUGUACCCAGCAGCCCCGAGCCACGUGGAGGGGAACAGCUCCCUGCUGUGUCUGGCCUCAGGUAUGUUUCCUCCUCUGGUCCAGUUCUCCUGGGAAAGACAGUUGGAGGACGGUCCUAAGGAGAAGCUGUCCCCUGAUGAGGUAGAGCAGCUGGAGCUCAGAGAGCCGAGACGUGCUUCCAUCUUGCUGAUUCAUCAGCCAGAGAACAGCAAAUAUAAAUACUACUGCUCCGUCAGGCACGAGGGGGGAACAGUGGAGGCUCCAGAACAAGGUGCAGUGGAUCCUCUCCAGCCUCAGUGCAGGGUGAAGCUGCUCUGUCUGCUGUACACAGUGCUGAUAGUGAAGAGUCUGCUGUACUGCUGUGGACUCUCUCUGCUGAUGGGCCUCACAAACAAGGGACCGUCCACCAACGGCCCACAUGCUGACUGACUGUUUCCUGCUCCUCUUUUCUCACCAUGGCUUCAUCUCAUUCAUCUCAUUGAUCACUGAUCAGAAAUCUGAGUAAAAUGUUUCUCUUUAUGUUCAGGUCAGAUACAGUCAGUCCAAAAAUAAUCAAUAUAUAUAUCACACUCAUAUUUGCAGUUUCUACUUUUAGAUUCUUUACUAUAGUGUAAUUUUUAUGGUUUAUAUCUGCUCUAAAUUGUGAUUUUCAUGUCAGUGGGAUAUUAAUCUGAAUUAUUAGUUGUCUAGUAAAUAUUCUGUUUAUUUUUUCUGUCUUUUUUCUCUAAAUAAAUUCAGAGUAUUAUUGGUUUGUCA